GCUACGGAGCCUGCGCAGGGGAUACGUUCUCUGACAACGCUGUCGUCAUUGAGAGGUUCUCCAAGUGGUUGUACAAGAAAAGAUAACUGAAUCCAUUACAAAUACUUGUUGUGUGAAUGGUUAACGCGAGGGCAAAGACAGCAUUUGUACAGUCUCUUUCGUAAAUAUAAAAGAUUCGUACAUGAUACGGGGUGAAGAGGAUUCACGAGUCUGCAUUGAAGACUAACGCAAGCAAGCGCUCCAUCAACUUCGAAGCUAGGGAUUUGGUGCUAUCUCUAGCUAAUGCAUCGACUGAAUUAUUCGAGUGCGAUAGAUUGAGCGGCACCACCGAGACACUUUGAAAUAUAUUCAUUAAAGGGAAACGUGGACGAUCGGCCCGACAGACAUGGCAGCAUUUCAACCAAUGGACAAGAUUCAUUAGAGUACACGGAUCUAUCAGAAUAAUUUGCUAUCUACAUGUGACUAGAUAUUCGUCUGUCAUUUAGCCAGCUACCUAGCUGGCUGGUUCCAUCGCCUGGCGUUUGCACGGUAGGACGCAACAGAAUGGCACCUCUCCUGGAAACAGCUCACAAACUGGGCUGGAUCGUCCUCAAGUCCGUCUUACGCUUCACCUUCAUGUUUUUCAAUAACUGUGUCGCCAUCCCUUCCUACUGCCUCUACCUGAUCCUGCUGCAGCCGCUGAGGAUACUGGACAGCAGAACAUUCUGGCACAUUGAGGGGAUUAUGUUUAAGUGGCUGUUAGCCAUGGUCGCAUCCUGGGGAUGGGUCGCAGGCUACACAGUGACGGAAUGGGGUGACGACGUGAGGCCGAUCUCUGAGGAUGAAGCCAUGAUCAUCGUUAAUCACCAGUCCACUGGAGACGUGUGCACGCUCAUGAUGUGUUUACAGGACAAAGGCACGGUGGUGAGAAAGAUGCUCUGGCUGAUGGACCACGUGUUUAAAUACACUAACUUUGGGCUGGUGUCUCUGAUCCACGGAGACUUCUUCAUCAGACAGGGGAAAGCCCAUCGGGACAAACAGCUGGUCUACCUGAAGGAUCACCUGGACCAGUAUUACUACAGCCGCGACAGGAAGUGGAUCGUGCUCUUCCCAGAGGGCGGCUUCCUGCGAAAGCGUCGAGAAACCAGCCAGGCGUUUGCCAAGAAGAACGACCUGCCGCACCUCACGCAUGUCACCCUGCCCCGCCUGGGAGCCACCCAGGUCAUCCUAAAAACCCUGGGCCCCCUGCAGGAGAACGGCAGCCUGGGCACAGACAACACCCCCCCAUCUCAGACAGCUGGUAAAUCCAGGGGUCUUCAGUGGGUGGUGGAUGUGACCAUAGCUUACCCCAGUGCUCAACCAAUGGACAUCCAGACCUGGAUCUUUGGUUACCGCCCCCCUACAGUAACACACGUGCACUACAGGACGUACCCCAUUAAAGACGUUCCCGUGGAAACAGAGGCGCUGACGGAGUGGCUGUAUCAGAGGUUCGUGGAGAAGGAGGAGCUUCUGGCCCACUUCUACCAGACAGGAGCCUUCCCUCCCCCAAAAGGCCAGAAGGAAGCCGUUUCCCGGGAGAUGACCCUCGACCCUGUGUGGCUGUGUGUUAUUCAGUCGCUUGCCUUUGCCUCUGGCUACCUUUGGUACAGCGUUCUCCAGUACGUCUACUGCCUGCUCUUCUGACGGCGCUGCCGCGGGGAAAAGCGCCUGAAUGAGGGAGAGGAUGGGAGUGCAGUGGGCCAGAGACACUGAUCCUGGAUCAGUCCCUUAGACCCCAUCCCCAUAGCACCAUCCUGCAGGACGGCAGAAUGUACAUUUGCUAAGCGGAGGCACUGCAAACCAACAUUUUAGUAGCUUUUCUCUCCCUGAUCCCCUGCCUACACACACACACACACACACACACUCUCUCUCCGAUAGCCACUAAUGCUUAUAUCUGCUUCGAAAACAAAAUGUCAUGUUUACACACUCAAGCCCACGCACACAUGCCACACAUUUAAGUGUUUACUCAUUCACACGUUUAACCCCCCCCCCCCCCACCCUGAGUAAUUUACAAUCACCAGUCAGGCUCAGGAAUAACCCAGAGAUCGGUUAGAACAUUUCCUCCGCUCAUUUUGAGUUCCUCCUCCUCCUUCUUCUUCUUCUUUUUUUUUUUUUUGAUCUGCUUCUGAAUCUGUCCUCUCCAUUUCACAUUACAAAAAAAGAAAAGCUCCCACGAAAACAUGAACCUUCCCGAACGGACGACCUUUUUUUCCGUUUACAGAGGAGACGAGGAGAUGUGUGAGCGGCAGGUCUCGUCCUCUGCACUACCGUUUUCACGCUGCCCGUACAUCACCCCGGAGACGCUCCCUUAACCCCGCUUCCUCUCCAGCUUUCUCUGAGUCCUUCAGAGACGCUCCCUUAACCCCGCUUCCUCUCCAUCUUUCUCUGAGUCCUUCAGCUGUGUGCACUGGGCCCUUGUGAGGGUGCAGGCGGUUUUGUGGACUGGCUAAACGGGUGCUCAUGUUUACACUGGCUGCCUGUCAGGGCUGAUGGAGGUCUCGUAUCGUCCGGUGACGCUCCUGGACACGGUUUCCGAGAGAGAGAACCUGCUUUUGACACGGCUGCUGCUCUGGUCUCAAGAGCUAGGCCCCACGAGCCGAUAACAGAGCAACUGAUGACCUGAGGGACUGUGUGCAAAGUGCAAUGUCUGUUAGGGACCCAGUUGUCACAAACACACACACACACACACACACACACACA